AUGGAUAUCAAGCACAGAGAACCGAGUUUGUACGAAGCAGAAAUCCCUCCAGAGUGGCAAAGUAAGCUGUUUAGAUCAGCAAUGAGUGCACUGCAUGAUGACUUGCAAUAUUUUAUCUACCAAUUUGAUGAAGAUGAUUUGCAGCUUAUUAAUAAGGAUUACCAAAGUUGUCCAUUUAAGACAUAUGAGUUGAGGAAAGUGCAAACAUUUGAAGCAAGAGUACAUGACCACCAAACUAAAUUACAGGAAAUCAGUGAAGAGUUGUGUGAAAUGGAGGUUGCUGCUUUGAAAAGGACAGCAUCAAAGCUGAAUCUACUGCAAGCAUGCAUUGUUAGCUAUAAAGAAAACCUCAAUAAAGCACAUCCUAGUAGUGCUGAAAUGAUAAACUCAAUGAAUGACUGUCUGGAACUAUUGAGCGAAAUCAAGCUCCCAAAGUUAAAGUCCAGGAUUGUUGACCUUACUGAUGCUGGACCUGGUGUUGGAAUCACCAACCACGAGGUUAAAUUCCGGACUGUGGAAGAAGCAAGAUUCAUGAACUAUGACUACUACAUCCGCCAUCAUCUAGCACAUAGAGUUAGUAGUCACAAUGAAGUGGAGAGAAUUCAGAGUUAUGUAGGUAAGGUGAAGAUAUUUUCAACUUUCAGUUUUUAGUUUAUAAUAAUACAUACUUAACUAGUCCUGCCCCCCCCCCCCCUCAAUCUCCCUAACAAAUUUGGCUCAAACAGUAUAUACAUCACUAUAUACUUAAUUUAUUGUUUUCACAGGAGAUGCUGUGUGCGAUGGAGGUGCUUUAGAUUGGGAGUAUAAGAAAACAUCCGAUAUACUAUCCAACUUGGAUGUGUCCACAGUGACCACAAGAAAGCUUGAAGAGCUAGAAAUGGAGAGAAUGAAAUUCAAUGCAUUCCAGGUGCAGUUACUGCAGUAUAUGGAAGAUAUUUCUUUCAUUACAUAUGCAUGCAUAAAUAAACAGAUUGAAUUUUAUUACCCUUUCCCCAGAUAAUUUUCAUCAGUGAAUAUACUGUAUGUCAAAACAAUUGCAACUUUGCAUUUCAGGUAGCCAAAGAAGUGUCAGACAGGAUUGACUGUGCAGUGGCACCUGAUGGUUUUAUGAAGAGUUUUGUGAGCUGUGCAGCAGAUCAAUUAUUCUACUGGGAUAAGCCCUAUCUUACAGAUUUCAUUGAGAGGAAAAACAACUUGAUUGUUCCAGGUCACAACUACUUCUCAAAGGUCGAGAAAUUUUUAAAGAAUCAUGCCCAAACAGGUGAGAAGUACUUUGAGAUUGUGAAGUUUGCUUGUCAAAAUAAUGACAACUCUGCAUGUUCAAACUGUCUUGUAUCUGGUUGGGUUGAUGCUGUUUGCCACCGUAUACCGGAGCCGAUGCCUGAUUAUACCUCAAAUAAAUUUAAGUACUUGCAUGUCAAAGAUACCCCUAGUGAGAAAGAUGGAGCCCCUAGACCAGUGGAUCAAUUCAAUCCAAGGGUACAGUUAAAGGAUUUGUUCCAACAAGGUGCAGUGAAGAAUGAAGACCAUGCAACAAUAACUAGUUUUGCAGAAAAGUGCAUUGUCCCUGAGAGUGUUGUGAAAUUUGCUCUGGAUGACCUGAUUUUCAAAACCAUGACUAAAGAGGUGAAAAAAAGAGAAACUAGAUUAAGGAGAGAAACAGAGAAGAAGCAGGGUUUUGAUGACAUCAACUGGUUGGGCAAAGUUGAGGAUGGAAGCAUCAAGAAUCUGCUUGUUGAAACUCUCAAUAAAUACUUUAUCAUGUACAACAUGAAGGAAUGUUUGAAAGUGCAAAAGGGAGCAAAAAUCGAGGUGAUUUCGAGACAUGUGAGAACACAAAGUGUAUGUGAAACAGGAGAUAACAUUGUGGACCAAGGUGAAGAGAUGGAUGAUGAGAAUGAUUUUGAAUUAUCAGAUGAUGAUAUGGACGAGGUAAGAAGUUGGUAUGAUUCAUAUAGAAUAUAAUAUUGCAUGCUUCGUGUAAAAGAAAUUAUUGAAUGUUCAUUCUUAAUAUGUAAGCUUUCUAGCAAUCCAGUCCUGACAGACUGUAGGCAUACAGUAUAGAAUUAAUAUUUUUUGUCUGUUCUUUUUGUGUCUUCAAUAUAGGUCAUUAACUGCACAACUGAGGCGGAAUCUGAUAUUAGUGAUCUUGAGGUUCAGGGGGAUGAAGAAGAUGAGUCCUCUGAUGCUGAAAGCCAGAUGGAUGGUUUAUUUGUGGCUACAAGAAGUGGCAGGAUUGCAGGCAAUUGGAGACUUUCUUCAUAUAUUGGUAAGAAAAAUAUAAAUGUUAUAAAAACGCCUUGUGCUUUAAACAGGUUAAGUAAUUAUCUUUUAUUUCUAACACUUUUUAUAAAAUAUUCUUUACAGCUGCAAGUAAACAAAUAUGAGGGCAGGAAAAAUGGUUGCGAAACUGUGAGUCAUUGAAUUCAGAAUGUGGGGGGGGGGGCUAUGAAAUAUGUUGUCUCAAUAAGGGGGGGGGCAUAAAACAAUUUUGGUAGAAAAAUAAGGGGUCAUGAAAAAUUUUAGCUAUUUAUAAAAAUUUCCUCCGGCCCCCUACCCGGCAUUAAUAAUGACUGGUCCCUUAGUACGGUAUAUGCAUGUCAGUAACUUCAAAUAUUAACCCAUUGAGUGGCAGCACUUUCCCCCUGACGAGUAAAAUAAUAAAGUGGGGUGCAUCUGGGCACAUUGCCACUUAAUUUAAAGGGUUAAUCAACUUGUAUUUCAUCACUGACUACCUCAUGCUAGUAUGUUAUGCACAUCACUGCAGAUUAUGCAUUAUUCUGCAUAUAGUACUAUUGUAUCUAGUAAAAGAGACACUUUAAAAUGCAUUGCCCGUGAUGGAUGGGUGAAUGCCCAGUGCAAAGAAAGCUUUAAGGAGUUUAAUGGUAGACAAUUUAUAAAUACGUACUGUAUACAGUAAAUUAAAUUUAAUAUCUUAUUUACAAUUUUCAGGCACUGCUGCUCAUGACAGACUAGAAACCACUCUUACAAAGAAAGUUCUAUUGAAUGACAUAAGAAUGCUGUCUCCAGAUGCCCAGACAAGUGCAGUAGAAGGUUUCCAUGCCACGUUAAACUUCUGGCACCCUAAGAUGAUCCACUUUUCUUGGUUAGGUACUACAUGCAGGUACAUACAGUAAUUUGAUUCCUUUGAAAUUGAUAUUAAAAAUCUAAUGUGUACAAUACAAGCUGUAAUUAUUGAUAACUUAUCAUUUCUAUGGCAAAUAGGCACACAUUCUGGUAAGUCUCCACUUUAAUGAAAAUAUCAGUAGGGAAACCAAAAAAUUUAUAAGUGGAUCAAAGUACUACAGAGUAACAUGUCCAAAGUUUUAGCUUGGUGAUGAGGUUGUAAGAGAAGUUCCAGUUUCACCGACUUAUGGUAAGAGUAACACCUUUUGAAAGGGAGUUUUAAUGACGUUUAGAAAUGGUGAAAUAAUUUUAGUCAUACUACUUUCAUUAGCAACAUUAGUGCUAGUGUAUGUUUGCUUGAAAUCCAAGUUAUUAUUGUAUUUUUCAGGUAGACUGAUGCAACUUCACUGCAGUAUCUUCAAUAUGGGCUGGCACUAAUGUGACAUUUUUCUUAUAGGAUAUGUUGACUCCAUGAAAGAAUUCUUGUUUUCUUUCAGUCGUAAAGAAAUGAAAACUAUAUUAUCAAAGUAUACCAAGAAAACUCCAAAGCCUCUCAACUCCCAGUUUUCUGAGAAACUAUCCAAAUCACAGGCAGUCAAGAAAUUUCAAGCUAACCAACAAAGAAACAACACCCCCCUUUUUCCACCAGGUGCAGUGCUAGUGUGAAGUAUAUUGUAGUUCUAUUCCUGAAUUAUCAAUAACCUCAACUGGCAGUACCCUGCUCACUGACAAGUAAUAUCAUCUGGAUUUAGGUAGCAGAGUAACAAACUAAAGUAGGGUGCAUUUAAGUGCACUGCCAGCUGUUGGUUUAACCCUUUAAUUAAGUGGCAAUGUGCCCAGAUGCACCCUACUUUAUUAAUUUACUGUAUAACGCCAGAUGAUUUUACUCGUCAGGGGGAGAGUGCUACCACUCAAUGGGUUAAAGACGAUCAUUGAAAUUGAAAUCUACAGUAUGAAAUAAUUCAUACAAAAAGUAUCCUGCCCAUGGAGAACUCCUGGGGCCAAAAAAAAUGUGGGUUUCCAGUUUCCCGACCCUACCUAGCUUUUGGACGUCGAAAUCCGACCCUAAACUUUUUUAUUGGAUCAUGGUUGUAAGUGUUUCCACUUAGAGGAAAAAGUUUCUGGAAAAUUGAAAUUUGAGGCAAUAUUAGGGAAAUUUAUCUUUGUUUGUGGAAGCACUGACUAAACAAAAUGGUGUCCGCUUUUUCGGAAAAUUAAAAAAAAAGUUUAAAAAAAAAGUUAAAACUGACCUACCCUACCUAAGUUUUUAUAAGAAGAAACCGGAAACCCACAUUUUUUUUUGGCCUGGUUAGAAAUUGGGAAGUUGAACACUUAGCUUCACACACCUUUAUUAAUACUCAGGCAGGGUGCUACCCUACUUGCCACACCCCUCUAUGGUAUCAUUUUUUCUUCAUGGGAAAAGUAUAUUUUUUUAUAUUGGAAAUGUGUUUGAUAGUAGUGUCUUAACCUAUUCUGUCUUAAUGUUUUAAUAUUUUUUGUUACAGUGGCUGACCAAGAUACCUUGCUCGAAACAAUGGUUGAAGCCACACAAAGUACCAAGAGCAAUGUCAGGAAGGCUCCCAUGUGUAGAAAAUGCAAGCAACCAAUGAAGGGACAUUCUAAAGCAAAGUGUAAAGCCAAUUAA